CCCGUGUUUCCGCGUCUCCCCGGGGAAUACUGCGGUUGGAGUUGCGGGAAGUGCUAGUAGUAGUUGCUUAUUUGUUUGCAGAAAUAAUUGCGUGGGUACGAAAAGUCAAACGAGAAUGAAGCAAGUAUAUUAUCUAGUUUGUAUGUCUUUAGUUUGUCCUCCACACGUCUAAACAUACGCAUCUGCUAGUAGGUGCGCAAACGUUAAAACUUCUUUGGAAAGCAAUUUGGCAACAUCUAGUUAAAAAAGAUUUUCAAUUACUAUACCCUAGCACUCUGCUCCUACCUAUACGUCUUGUAGAAACUUUGGUAAAGAUUUCCCAAGACCAAAAGGCUUAUGCGCACUGCUCCACUCCACUGUUUCUGCUGCUGGUUCUGCUUUGACUCUCCCAGAAGAAAACCAGGGUUGUCACCGGAAGUUCCUGAAGUAAUCUCCUUUUUAAGCAAACUUUGAUUAUUAUACUACUUAGCACAGAAAUAUUUUUAAGAAGUUCUGACUACAGAAAAUUGGUUUUUUAAUUCCCUGUGCCAAGUUCAGAAAUAUACCCUCAUGGAACAAGAUAACUAAAAGAAGGAAACUACUUCAAGGUUAAAAAAAGGAAAAGAAAAGAGAAAAAAGGAAAGAAGCAGAAGGAAGAAGUCUGCUGCAGUACUGGAAGCAGGCAGAUUAUUGAAAUUACAGUGGUGCCAUGGAACAAGAGAAGGCAGAUGAAGAGUGACACCUUUCAAGUUAACACAGGGCGCCAAUGCUUCGGCAUUAGAGAAAGAGAUUGGUCCAGAACAGUUUCCAGUCAAUGAGCACUAUUUUGGAUUAGUCAAUUUUGGGAAUACCUGCUACUGCAAUUCAGUUCUUCAAGCACUUUAUUUUUGUCGUCCAUUUCGGGAAAAAGUUCUUGCAUAUAAGAGUCAACCUAGGAAAAAGGAGAGCCUUCUUACAUGCUUAGCAGAUCUCUUCCAUAGCAUAGCCACUCAGAAGAAAAAGGUUGGAGUAAUACCCCCUAAGAAGUUCAUCACAAGAUUACGGAAAGAAAAUGACUGUCAGUUCCAUGACGGAGGGAACCCAUUUGUUUUUGCUCACCAUUGUAUUCCCAGCACAUAUUCCAGUUCCUGGCACAUAAGCUUUUUGACAACUACAUGCAACAAGAUGCCCAUGAAUUCUUAAAUUACCUGCUAAAUACAAUUGCUGAUAUUUUACAAGAAGAGAGAAAGCAGGAAAAACAAAAUGGUCGCUUACCUAAUGGUAAUAUUGAUAAUGAAAAUAAUAACAGCACACCAGACCCAACGUGGGUUCAUGAGAUUUUUCAGGGAACAUUAACUAAUGAAACCAGAUGUCUUACUUGUGAAACUAUAAGCAGCAAAGAUGAAGAUUUUUUAGACCUUUCUGUUGACGUGGAACAAAAUACAUCAAUUACUCACUGCUUAAGGGGUUUCAGCAACACAGAAACUCUAUGCAGCGAGUACAAGUAUUACUGUGAGGAGUGUCGCAGCAAACAGGAAGCACACAAACGGAUGAAAGUUAAAAAACUGCCCAUGAUUCUAGCUCUACACCUGAAGAGAUUUAAAUAUAUGGAUCAACUUCAUCGAUACACAAAACUCUCUUACCGGGUAGUUUUCCCUUUAGAACUUCGUCUAUUUAACACUUCAGGUGAUGCCACCAAUCCAGACAGAAUGUACGACCUGGUUGCUGUUGUGGUUCACUGUGGAAGUGGUCCCAAUCGAGGCCAUUAUAUUGCAAUAGUUAAGAGUCAUGAUUUUUGGUUGUUGUUUGAUGACGACAUUGUAGAAAAAAUAGAUGCACAGGCUAUUGAAGAAUUCUACGGGUUGACAUCAGAUAUCUCAAAGAACUCUGAGUCUGGUUACAUCCUUUUCUAUCAGUCUCGGGACUGAGGGGGAACCGUGAUGAAGAGAUACUUUCUGCCUCAUUUCUUCUCUGGUUAUUUUGGAAAGGAUCAAGCACUGAUUUUUCAAGAAAAGAGAAAUGCAGGAAGCUCAGGGGGCAGUAGCACACUUUGCACAUGAUAAAGCAAAGACGAUGGAUUGACAAGCCCUUCCGAUCAUGGUAGUUGAUUUAUUUGCUCAGGUAUCAUGCUGUCUGUACAGUUCCAUUCAACAAGGAGGUGAAAUCAGAGAUACCAGCUCCUCUUGUAAAACAGCCUUCCAGUCAUUGACACGCAUUUUCUCUUCAUUAAUUGCACCAAUAAUGCUUUGAAUUCCUUGGGAGUACAGUAGAAAGAAUCGGGAUCUGUGCUGUAUUGAUAAGGAGAUGAUGUUGAACACACUGCAUAAAUUUGCCUGGUUCAGUGUGUAUAGAAGCAUAUUCGGUGGUCUUUUCAAGAGUAAACCAGAAAUACUUUUGGGCCCAACACUUGCAGUUGCCUUCCUGAUGUAAAACCUAACAUGCUAGAUAAUCCAGUGUCAGGAAGACAAAGAUGUUUUGCUUCUCUGAAGAAGCUUAUAAUAAUAUACAGUGUAUGUAUAUGUAGGGAGCAAUUGGUCAAAAGUGGCUUUUUGUUUCCCCAAGGGGAAAGACUGGCUUUGUAAUUAUAAUUUUUUCCUUAUUUAUUUUACUUAAAACUGGUAGAGUCUAAGUAUUGUAUGAAGUGCCCAUGAUUCUGUCAGUAAAUUUGAACAUAUUUUUAUCAGUUAAUGUCAGUUUAAGUAGUCCUUUUGUUUGUUUCUAUUUUUAAGGUGAAUUUUAAAUUUUAUCUGAAAUCAGUAAGAUACCUUGAGAAAAACUGCAGUGAGAGGAGGUAAAUAUCCUUUUUCAGGAGGAACUGAUAUCUCUGGCUAAGUAUUUGUCCUUUUGUUAUGGUUUCUAAAUCAGUUAUUUUCUUCAGCUUUAAUUUCAUAAAAUUAAAAAACUAUAAAAAAAUUCCUGUAGUUGUUGGAAUAAUUAAAAAUUCUGGUGCAGUGGUGGUAUACCAAUCUUUAGAAUUCUUAAGUAUUCUGAUGUUUCAAGUUGAGGUCAUGCUUGGGAAAUCUUGUCAUAGCAUUUAUGUUAUUUUCAGAUGUCAUUUUUUUACCCUGGAAAUAAGUAAUAAUGUUCAUCAUAACCCUAGCAGCCUGGAUAGCGAGCUAAACAAACCCUUUGAAGAUUAAAUUUUAAUCAAGUAGACUAGGAAUACAAAAAAAAGUCCUUCCUCCCCUUCCCCGCACCUUUACAAUCUUACUGGAAGGGUGUUCAGAAAUUAAAAUUUGUGUUUGCUAAGACUUCAUUCUGUUGGGGGUUUUAAGAAAUAAUAUAUGUAACAUAAAAUGUAUGCAAACCGUCGCAGUUUUUUUGGACGUUUUUCCAUGCAUCAGAAAGUUGUCUGACAGUAGCCGAAUGUAACUUGCAGAAAAUUAUUGAAAAUUAUAUUCAGAAUAAUAGCAAUCAGGCCUUGGAUGUUCUUUAUUAAAUUCUUUUCAGGCAGUAAAUUAAAAAAAAAAUUGUCAUUUUCUAAAGUUCUUUUGCUAAAACUGUUGACUAUGGAAAACAAACAACAAAAAGGAAUUUUUUAGUCUGCUGCUAUUAUUAACAUUUAUUAUCUGUAUCUUUUGGCUCAGGAAAUGACUUCACCUAUUUGUUCCAUAAGCAGACCUUUAACAGGGUCACUUAGGUAAUUGGGCUACUUAAACACAUGUGCUGGGAGAAAAUUAUAAUAAUAGUAUUUAUACUAAAUAUCAAAAUUAUUUUGACAAGUUUCUUUUUAAGAUAGUUCCUAAAGCCUUACCCUGGCUAGAGAUGUUUUGUACAAAUUAUAUAUAGCCAGCCUGAUCUACCAACAUGCCACAGAGAAUCACAAUCAACCAUGUGGGGAAAGUCAGGGCGGUGAAAGUGGAUGUGCUCUUUUUAUUUUGAGGGCUUCAACCAAAUUGUCUUGGAAUUAAAGCUGUAUUUCUGCAGCUUUCAGUACAGAGAAAAAGAGGUAAGUGAAGCUGUGUCAGUUUUAACAUUAGCUAUAUCACAACAUGUUUAAGAAAAGAUAGAUGAAGUCAUUUGCAUAAAGGUACAGCAUUGAAAUACUACGUUGUGUUUGUUUUUACAUUUUUGCAUUAAAGAAAAAACAUGCAGUAAAAGCCAAGUUACAUUUCAUAUUAAAGCAAGUUCUAGUAUAUGUGUUGAGUUCCUGGUAAUCACAUACUUAUUCACAUCUACAUCAUACUUCAUAGUAUGAUUUGUCAGGGGAGGGACUGUGGGGUGACAGUUUUACAUUUACUUUUUCUUCUUAAUGCAGCUGGAUCUAAGUAAAAUGUUUUGAAGAAACUCAAUAUACUUUUAAAACAUAUAGGGUCAGGGUUGGGGGAAAAAUACAGGUAUAGUAAGUAAGAAAAGUGACCCAUGAAGAAAGCAUUGUGAGGUUGUAUGUUGGUUGACUGUGAUUAAAAUGCAGGGCUGGUUUAAGUUGUAAAUGGUGGCCGAUUGCUAUGUAACUAUGUACAUGAUUGUUGGGAUGGCUGUCCCAUAUUUUGUAUAUUGGAAUAAAAAUUUCUAUAAAUUAUUGUAACUAAAAGUAAAUAUUCUAAAUUAAAUCCCACUUCUUAAGUCACAUGGCUUCUGUCUUGGAAAUUUUACCUUUAAAAGAUUACUUAAGACAGGAACCAGGAGGCUUGGGAACAGGGAAAGAAGGAAAUGUUGUAUUAUGUGGGUCUUGGGGCCUCUAACCAUCAGUAUAGGGUUUUUUCUUUCCUUGAUGGCAGUAGAAAGACCUCAUUUUCAUAACUACUCUUGAUACUUUCUUUAAAAACACUUUUUAUUAAAGAUUCUAUCAUGAGGUAUUUGACUGGGAGCUGGGAGGCUAAAGCGCUCAUGUCCUGGCUCUUCAGUGAAUUUAACUGUGUGACCUUGGGCAAGUCACUUAACCUCUCUGUGCUUCAGUCUCCCUGUCUUGUAAAAUGGGAGUAAUACCUACCUCACAGGGUUGUUGUGGGGAUUAAUUAGAGAUAAUGUCUGUAAAGCAUUUAAGGUUCUUGAAGAAGGCGCUAUAUAAAUAUAAAAUAAUAUCUAUUAAAGUUGGUUUAUUUGUG